CUCCAGGCUACCGGUCUUCCCAGCGGCUGGGAGGUUAGACACUCCAACUCAAAGAAUCUUCCCUACUACUUCAACCCCUCGACCAAGGAGAGCAGAUGGGAGCCUCCAUCGGGCACCGACAGCGAGACCCUCAAGCAUUACAUGGGCACCUACCACAGCUCUGCCAGCCUGCGACCUGACGGCCAAGGCCAACAAGAGGGCAAGAUCCGCGCAUCGCAUCUGCUCGUCAAGCACAGAGACUCUCGUCGUCCCUCGAGUUGGCGUGAAGCCCAAAUCACUCGCUCCAAGGACGAUGCUAUGACCAUCAUUCUCGGCCAUGAAGCCAGGAUCAGAAGCGGCGCAACCAGCCUCGGCGACCUGGCUACCACCGAGAGUGAUUGCAGCAGCUCCAGGAAGAGGGGAGACCUCGGUUUCUUUGCCAAGGGCGACAUGCAAAAGGAGUUUGAAGACGCUGCGUUUGCCUUGAAGCCUGGCGAGGUCAGCCAUGUAGUCGCAACUGCCUCUGGUCUGCACUUGAUUGAACGGUAA